AUGGACAUAAGAGUUAGAAUCGAAAGGAAGAUUACAAGCCCCAAUGCCAAACUCAAUGGCAUUACUUCAAAACCGGCCAAUACCGGAGAAUCCGACCCCAACGACGACGAUGCCUCUUCCAAAGACGACCUCCCUCUCCUUGAAUCCGCCGCCGAAGGUAUCCAGGAGCUCGAGAAGAAAUUCGCAGCCUUCGUGCGCAAUGACGUGUACGGUUCAAUGGGAUGUGGAAAGCUGCCAUUGAAAGAGAAACUCCUGCUGGGCAUCGCCCUCGUCACGCUUCUCCCUAUACGUCUCGUUUUGGUAAUGACUAUUUUGGUCGUGUAUUACUUGAUUUGUAGAAUUUUUACGCUAUUCUCGACCCCGAAUCUGGAGGAUGAGCAGGAAGAUUUUGCACAUUUGGGUGGGUGUAGGCGAGCCGUGAUAGUCCAGUCGGGUCGGUUUCUUUCUAGGUUGCUGCUUUUUACGAUAGGAUUUUAUUGGAUUAAUGAAACUCAUAAGGAUUCAGCAAAUACCCAAGAAAGUUCAAAACCGAGGUAG